UUUGCGACCAGAGGAAGAGAGGGACGCUCUGUGUUUCCACCGUCGGGGACACACCCUGCCUGCCCUAGAGCGGUGCAGUGUGAUGAGAGGCUGAGAGAGACCAUGACAGGCGGCUGCAGCCUUGUAGAGAGGGAGGGAUGGGAAUGCUGAAUCAGUGAAACUACAGAAAAGGUCCAGGAGAGGGUGAACGAGUGGGUAAAUGGCAGGGAGAGAAAGGUAACAGGAGGGGUAGGUGGCAAAAGAUGAGCUGCAUGAGUCCUUUUCACUCAUUUAAUCAAUAAUCUAUCGAGUUCACCACUAUUUCGGCCAUGUCUGUGUUUUACAAAGAAACUUUAAGCUGAAGUAAAUCCCAGUGGUGACUUUUGUUUACUUUGGCUCAAAGACGACAUUUUGCGUUUACAGUUAACACCAGCCCUGAGAACCAAGGUAAGAUUUCACAAAUCUAUAUUUUUCUGUUUUGUUUUGCACUGAUUGUCCAACCCCAGUGUCAUAUUGGCUGCUUUUUUUUUUUUUAUUUUGUUUUUUUUCCGCAUCGAUGCACACUGAAUAAAACAUGAGAACAUAAGCGCCACCCUUCGAUCUCUUAUUUUAACUCUGGUUUCGUCUGUCAGAUGCAGGUAGAUGAGCCGGUGCUUUUGCCCAGGUUGUCCCGUGUCGCAGUUUGUGGCGGCACGCAUGGCAACGAGCUCUCAGGAGUGUACUUGGUGCGAGAGAUGCUGAAGACGGAGAAAAGGAAGGUGGACGGGGAGCCCGCAUCAGUGCUGAUGGUGCUGUCCAACCCUCGGGCCAUGCAGCAGUGCAGCAGAUAUGUUGACACUGACCUGAACCGCUGCUUCACCCACGCGACCCUCAAUGGCCCCGUAUCAGAGGAGGCCCCCUAUGAGAUCUUCCGGGCCCGUGAACUGAAUGCCCUGCUGGGUCCCAAAGGCAGCCGGGCGGCAGUGGAUCUCAUCUGUGACCUCCACAACACCACCGCCAACAUGGGCCUGAGCUUCAUCGCUUAUUCUGACUGUGACUGGAUCUGUCUUCACAUAUUCAGAUACUUGCAGAAGCAGAUGCCGGAUACGCCAAUGAGAUUCAUCCAUUUUGAUGUCUCCACUAAAGAGUCAUAUUCCCUCGAUUCCAUUGGAAAACACGGCUUUGCCAUGGAGAUUGGUCCUCAGCCUCAUGGGUGUGUCAAGUCAAACAUUUACACAGCAAUGAAAGAAGGCGUGCAGCACAUGCAGGAUUGGAUCCGCUGUUUUAACUCAGGUUGUGUGUUUGAUGGAGGACCAGUCGACGUGUUCACCAUGGUUAAAAACGUAGAUUAUCCCAGAGACGGCGAGACUCGCAGCAUUACGGCAGCCAUCCAUCCACGCCUCCAGGACCGAGACUUUUGCCUGCUCCACCCUGGAGAGCCCCUCUUCCAGGCGUUCUCAGGAGAAACAAUAAAAUACAAGGGCAACGAACCGCUCUACGCUUUCUUCAUCAACGAAUGCGCUUACUACGAGAAGGGCAUCGCUCUGUCCCUGGCCAGAAAGAAGCGUGUGACCGUCCCUUCUAUCCGUGUGCAAACGGAUGAGGAAGAACGAGCGAGUGAGCAGAGUUUUGCUUCAGAGGAAGAGGAGUGAAGACUUUCUUCAGAUGAGAC